UCACGUGAUCUCAUUUGCCCCUCCCAUUUAACCAUAGAUGUAACGAUCUCAUUGUGCAUGUUCACAAUCUCCAGAUGGGUGGUCACGCAUCCUCCAUGUUGUGUUGGGAAAUCUGAUGUUGCCCACUGAGUCCCGUUAACUUACCCCAAAAUCGCCUCGCUUCCUGAGGCUCCUCACAUUUGUCCAGGAGCUUUAUGGCUGUUGUGUCUUCUCCCAGACUGGGGUGGGUGAGAGUGGAGAACGUCCCAGGUUGUGGGGAUCUUUGAUUUCACUGCCGGCUUUACCGAGGGACUGGGAAGUCUCAGGGGGGAGAAUGGUUUCUGUGAUGUGCUGAUCUGUAUCCAAAGGUCUCUGCCGUUCCUCACAGUCACGGGCGGAGCAGUUACCAUGCAAAGCGUGAAGUGUCCGGAUGGGAAACUUUCUAUGGUGUGUUGAUAAAAAUCUGUUAGACCUGCAGUGAGAGAUUUAUUGGAAGAAAAACCACGACUGAAGUCGAGGGAACAGCAACAAGUGAACCAGCCCGAGGAUUGAGAGCACCGACUGGAGAGAACCCAUCUGACUCGGAGAUUCCAGUGAUUCAGUCAGGAGAAAGUUUGGUUAAAAACAACAAGGAAAUUAUCUACGGGGAGGUCAAACACAACACGCUGUUUUGUUGUCUAUGUCCAGAUAUUUAAGAAGUGGAACAAGGGAUUCACUCGAUCAUCAUUCCUACUCAGGCUGUGGGGAGUGAUUCACUCGAUCAUUAUUCCUAUUCAGACUGGGGGAGAGUUUCACUCGAUCGUUAUUCCUAUUCAGGCUGUGGGGAGUGAUUCACUCAAUCAUUAUUCCUAUUCAGACUGUGGGAGAGAUUCAUCGAUCAUCUGACCGACUGACAUGCAGUCAAUUUACACGGGGGGAAUCCAUUUAUCUGCUCAGUCAUCCACCCUAAUGGCUCACCAGCGAGUUCACACCGGGGUGCGGCCAUUCACCUGCUCAGACUGUGGGAAGGGAUUCACGUUGUCAGCUCACCUACUGAGUCAUCAGUCAGUUCACACGGGUGAGAGGCCAUUCACCUGCUCUGACUGUGGGAAAGGAUUCUCUUUGUCAUCUAAUCUUAAGCUACAUCAGCGAGUUCACUCUGGGGAGAGGCCGUUCACCUGCUCAGACUGUGGGAAGGGAUUGGCGUUGUCUUCCCACCUACUGAGACAUCAGUUAGCACACACUGGUGAGAGGCUGUUCACCUGCUCAGAAUGUGGGAAAAGAUUCACUUCGUCAUCUCAACUUAAGGUACAUCAGCGUGUUCACACUGGGGAGAGGCCGUUCACCUGCUCAGACUGUGGGAAAGGAUUCACUCAGUCAUCCCACCUACAAGCACAUCAGCGAGUUCACACUGGGGAGAGGUCGUUCACCUGCUCAGACUGUGGAAAAGGAUUCACUCAGUCAUCCCACCUACAAGCACAUCAGCGAGUUCACACUGGGGAGAGGUCGUUCACCUGCUCAGAGUGUGGGAAGGGAUUUGCGUUGUCAUCUCACCUACUGAGACAUCAAUUAGUACACACUGGUGAGAGGCCGUUCACCUGCUCAGACUGUGGGAAAAGAUUCACUUUAUCAUCUCAACUUAAGGUACAUCAGCGAGUUCACACUGGGGAGAGGCCAUUCACCUGCUCGGACUGUGGAAAAGGAUUCACUCAGUCAUCCCACCUAGAAGCACAUCAGCGAGUUCACACUGGGGAGAGGCCAUUCACCUGCUUAGACUGUGGGAAGGCAUUCACACAGUUUGCUACCCUACAAGCACACUGGUCAGUUCACACUGGGGAGAGGCCGUUCACCUGCUCAGACUGUGGGAAAGGAUUCACUUCGUCAUAUAAACUUAAGGUACAUCAGCGAGUUCACACUGGGGAGAAGCCAUUCUCCUGCUUAGACUGUGGGAAGGGAUUUGCGUUGUCAUCUCACCUACUGAGACAUCAGUUAGUACACACUGGUGAGAGGCCAUUCACCUGCUCAGACUGUGGGAAAGGAUUCACUUCAUCAUAUAAACGUAAGGUACAUCAGCGAGUUCACAUGGGGGAGAGGCCAUUCACCUGCUCAGACUGUGGGAAAAGAUUCACUUCGUCAUCUCAACUGGAGAUUCAUCAGCAAGUUCACACUGGGGAGAGGCCGUUCACCUGCUCAGACUGUGGGAAAGGAUUCACUCAGUCAUCCCACCUACAAGCACAUCAGCGAGUUCACACUGGGGAGAGGCCGUUCACCUGCUCAGACUGUGGGAAAGGAUUCACUCAGUCAUCCCACCUACAAGCACAUCAGCGAGUUCACACUGGGGAGAGGCCAUUCACCUGCUCGGACUGUGGGAAAGGAUUCACUCAGUCAUCCCACCUGCGAGCACAUCAGCGAGUUCACACUGGUGAGAAGCCGUUCACCUGCUCGGACUGUGGGAAAAGAUUCACUUUGUCAUCUCAACUUAAGGUACAUCAGCGAGUUCACACUGGGGAGAGGCCAUUCACCUGCUCAGACUAUGGAAAAGGAUUCACUCAGUCAUCCCACCUGCGAGCACACUACUCAGUUCACACCGGGGAGACUCCAGACACCUGCUCGGACUUUGGGAAGAGAUUCUCUCAGUCAAAUCAACCAAAUGUGCAUCAUUGAGUUCACACUGGAGAGACCGUUCACUGGAUGUGUGUCCAUCACCGUUGCUGAAUGCAAUUUCGAGAGUGACUGUCGGUGCUGAACUCUGCAAUUAUUGCUGUUGCUCACCACACCCAGUUCUGCAUCCUGGUCAAUGGGCAUGGGAGGAGUUUCUUCUGCUGCACAUUCACCUUUAAUAGGACUGGAGUUUAAUAUUCUGCAUCUGUGACAAAUAAAUCAGUUCUAUUUUAAACUCUGUCUCUGGUACUUAGUGAAAUUAUAACACACGUAGUGCACAGUAGAGAGUCAACUCAACCCGCCUGGACUUUGCUGAGAUUCAAUUCCACGACAGUCCUUUUAAAUCAUCCCCUGUUAUUCACCUCUCACUCUCCCUGUGGUGAUGGGUUCCAAAUAGUCACCACUCUGUGGGUGAAGAGGUUUCCCUUGAAUUCUCUGUGGACCGAAGAAGUUGAGCUGACUGCAGCUCUGUCCGAGAUGUUCUUCGCCCCUCAAAUCUCUGGAUGAGGAAGAAUGACAUUGGUAGUUAACCUCAAUAAUCACGACUCAUUUCCAUUUUAUGGGUCAUUUUUCCUACUAACAAAGGGUUGUUGAAAACACCAGUGUCGUUUAAAGACUGGAAUUAGAAUCGGAAACCAUCAGUUGGAUGUUCAAAGAAUCAUGGUCAGAAGCCAGAGGCAGGUCUGCACAGGGUAGAGUUUGUGGCUCUGGAAGAUGGUUGGGGUAAGAACGUAUUAUGAGAAGGGAAUCAGCAGCAGGAAGU